AUGUUUCCUGCUCAGGAAGAGGCGAACAGGACCGUGUUUGUGGGGAAUUUAGAGACUCGAGUGCGGGAAGAGAUUCUUUACGAGCUGUUCCUUCAGGCUGGACCAUUAACCAAAGUGACUAUAUGCAAAGACAGAGAGGGGAAGCCGAAGUCUUUUGGAUUUGUCUGCUUUAAACACCCAGAAUCAGUAUCUUAUGCCAUAGCUUUGCUGAAUGGGAUCCGUUUAUAUGGAAGACCAAUAAAUGUGCAAUAUCGAGUUGGGAGUUCUCAUUCUUCUGAACCAACUAACCAAAGUUUUGAGAAUUGUGUUAAGAUAAAUCCACAUAGCUACAGAAAUGAAGAAGUUGUGGGCAGACCUACAGUUCCCAUGCAGUUAUUUCCCAUUAAUAAUGCUCCUUUACCUCAAGAAUAUUUUUUCUCCCCAAAAAUGCAGUGGAACACAUAUAAUCCAAUGCUUCAGCUUCCUUACUAUGAGAUGACAGUGCCACUUCCUACUAAUACAUCCUUGUCUUCACUAAAUCGCACUCCAGAUUUAGAAGCUGGACCCAGCUCUUAUGAGUGGACUCAUCAAAAACCAAGUGACUCUGAUCCUUAUCAGAUGAAAAAACGAAAGAGACAAACCAGUGAUAGUGAUAGUAGCACAGAAAACAAUAGAGGAAACAAAUAUAUCCAAAAGUUCCAAAAGUGUAAGAAGAAGAAAAGGUAUUAG